AUGACCAAGAUUUAUGAGGAGGUCUACGGGGUGCAAUCGCAAGCGGAAGCACCGCGGGUGGCCAUCACCAGGGUGCGGGUCAAGCACGGGUACACGGAGCUGUACCCUUACCCGACCCGCGUGGUGGAGGUGCUCGAGGUGCCCGUGUACGGCGAGCCCGCGCCCGCUGCACCUUUUCCGCGCAUGCACACACACUCCGCAUCGACUGCCCGCACGCCGACCGCGACCUCGCCCGCGAUCUCGCCCACACCUUUCUCGCUCUCUGCCGCCUCGCCCUCCGCGGCGCAUGCCCGCUCCAACCCUGCGGCACCAUAUGCAGGUGCAGGGCGCAAGCUCGCGCGGGAGUGGGAGGGGGUGUGGCCGGACCUGGAGAGGAUAGCGGGGGAGACCGCGUGCGCGCUGUAUGUGCUCGUCGUCCCGUGCGCGCCCACGCCGGCGGGGGACGCACUGCUCGCGCGCGCGGUCCGGCGCGGCCGGGCGGAUGGGGUGGGGGCAUGCGGGGGCACUAGUGGUGGUGAUCCCGUCGCAGCGGACGACGACGGCAGCGACUACGCCGCGAUGUGCCUCCGCCCGUUCAUGGCGGCGACGUGGAGGAGGGCGACGCAGAGGCAGUGGGCAGUGCGGAGGGCCCGCGGAUACGGGAGGCGGACGUGGGCGAGGCGGAGGACGCGGAGGAGGGCGAGGUGGGCGGAAGCGGGCGACACGGAGGGCUUGCGGGAGGAUGCGAGGGACGGGAGGAGGCGGAAAGAGGUGGUGGGCGACGCAGUGGGCGACGUGGACGCAGUUAUCGACAGGGCGGGGCGUAAAUCCGAGUUUUCUCACAUCAGACUUCUGUCGUUGUCGGUGGACAUGCCGUUGCACGACACUGCAGCGUCAUCCAUAUCGAGCGUGUUCGUUGGCACGAAGGGGUAG